UCGCUCGGAAGCGAUCUUUGUGCGCAGGCGCGGGAAGCCGCGGCCAGGCGCAUCCCGUCCGGUCCCAGCUGUCAUGGUGCCGCCGCCGCUGUCACCUCCGCUCUGUACGCUGCCGCCGGGCCCCGGGCCGCCCCGCUUCGUGUGCUACUGCGAAGGAGGCAGUGGGGACGAGGACCGCGACGGCUUCAACCUCUGCGUGACGGACGCCGCGGAGCUCUGGAGCACCUCCCUCUCCUCGGACAGCCUGGCAGCCCUCAAAACCCGCUUUGGCCUGAGUGCGGCAGAGGACAUCGCUCCCCGGUUCAGGGCAGCCUGUAAGCAGCAAGAUGUGGCCGUGACUCUGCAGGAGGACCGAGCAGCCCUGACGCUGACCGUGGCUUCCCCGCCUCUCAUCUUUGACCUGGCCAGGGUUCCAGGCCCAGAGGCAGCUCCCAGGCUGCAGGCGCUGACCCUGGGCCUGGCGGAGCAUGUGUGCAGGCUAGAGCGGCAGCUGGCAGCUGCAGAAGAGACAGCAGCUAGCCCCAGGAAGAGCCCCCGUCUGGUGGGGCCUCAGUCCUUCCUUCCAGACCCAGAUCCCCAGAGAAGCGGCCCCCGGCCUGUGGUCAGGAGGCGGUGUCCAGGAGAGUCUCUCAUCAACCCUGGCUUUAAGAGCAAGAAACCAGCCAGUGGUGUAGAGUUUGAUGAGCCCUGAAGGUACAGAACAGUGACCUCGCCUGGAGCGGGACCCCAUCCCCGCCCCCGAUCCAUGCUCAAGUCUGUUUCUCAUCAAAUAAACAGGUGUACGUGCUG